GGGAAGAGGGGCUGUGUGAGACUGAAAGUGCUGCUGCUACAGCAGAAGGAGCCAGGAUGCCGCAGCUGAGCCUGUGCUGGCUGGGGUUCAGGUGGCUGUCGGCCUCCCCAUGGCAGCUCCUGCUGCUGUUGGGGGGCUCCUGGCUCCUAGCCCGAGUGCUGGCCCGGAUCUAUGCCUUCUAUGACAACUGCUGCCGCCUGCGGUGUUUCCCACAGCCCCCCAGGAGGAACUGGUUCUUCGGUCACCUGGGCCUGGCACAAAGCAAUGAGGAGGGUUUGCGGCUGGUGGAGGAUUUGGGUCAGUCCUUCCGUGAUGUACACCUUUGGUGGAUGGGGCCCUUCUACCCCAUCCUGCGACUCGUCCAUCCUAAGUUCGUUGCCCCCUUGCUGCUGGCCCCAGCCAACAUCAUACCCAAGAAUAUGUUUUUCUACAACCUCCUGAAGCCCUGGCUGGGGGAUGGGCUCCUGCUAAGUGCAGGUGACAAGUGGAGUCACCACCGCCGCCUGCUGACACCUGCCUUCCACUUUGAAAUCUUGAAGGCCUACAUGAAGAUUUUCAACAAAAGCGCAGACAUCAUGCAUGCCAAAUGGAAGAAACUGGCCUCAGAUGGCAGUGCCCGCCUGGACAUGUUUGAACACAUCAGCCUCAUGACCUUGGACAGUCUACAGAAAUGUGUCUUCAGCUUUGACAGCAACUGUCAAGAGAAGCCCAGUAAAUAUAUUGCUGCUAUCUUGGAGCUCAAUACCCUUGUGUUAAAGCGGUCUGAGCGAAUCUUCCUGCACAUGGACUUCCUCUACUACCUCACUCCUAAUGGGAAGCGCUUCCGCAGGGCAUGUAACCUGGUGCGCGACUUCACAGAUGCUGUCAUUCAGGAGCGGCGCCGCACCCUCAUUCAUCAGGGUAUUGAUGACUUCCUCAAAGUCAAAGCUAAGACCAAGACUUUGGAUUUCAUUGAUGUGCUCCUGUUGGCUAAGGGUGAAGAUGGGAAUGAAUUGUCAGAUGAAGACAUACGAGCAGAGGCUGAUACCUUCAUGUUUGAGGGCCAUGACACCACAGCCAGUGGCCUUUCCUGGGUCCUGUACAACCUCGCGAAGCACCCAGAAUACCAGGAGCGCUGCCGGCAGGAGGUGCAAGAGCUCCUGAAGGACCAUGAGACUGAGGAGAUUGAGUGGGACGACCUGACUCAGUUGCCCUUUCUGACCAUGUGCAUCAAGGAGAGUCUGCGCUUGCACCCCCCGGUCACAGCCAUCUUCCGCUGCUGCACCCAGGAUGUUGUCCUCCCAGAUGGCCGGGUCAUCCCCAAAGGAAAUAUCUGUGCCAUCAGCAUCUUCGGGAUUCAUCACAACCCAUCUGUCUGGCCAGAACCUGAGGUAUAUAACCCCUUCCGCUUUGACCCAGAGACACCUCAGAAAAGGUCUCCUCUGGCCUUUAUUCCCUUCUCAGCAGGACCCAGGAACUGCAUCGGGCAGACGUUCGCCAUGACGGAGAUGAAGGUGGUCCUGGCGCUCACGCUGCUUCGCUUUCGCGUGCUGCCGGAUGGGAAGGAGCCGCGCAGGAGACCGCUGCUGACCCUGCGCGCUGAGCGAGGGCUCUGGCUGUGGUUGGAGCCGCUGACACAGUGACGCCCGGCUGUCUUGUCUGGGGUCCACCCUGAAUUUAUACGCCUUUUGUAGAUCCCCAAGAAUAAAACUGUGCUGUACCCCUGUCCUGGCCUCACCAAGAGUUAGUAGGCGUUGGGGGUCCAGGAAGAAUCCAGAGGGUUGGAGUAGCUGGUAUCGCUGAGCCGAAAGCCUCUUGAUGACCAUGUGAUUGUGGGUUUUCCCAGAGUUCAAGCAUGACAUUUAUCGGUGGGCAUUAGGGACUGAUGGGAAGUGUUUGGCCAAAGGAGGCACUUGGCUUAAGAACUGACUUAAAGGGCACGUUUGAGGCUCUAGCGGUAGGGGAGUACCCACAGUGCACUGCGCUCUGACCGUCCGGGCAGUGAUUACGGCCAUCUCCUAAUAGAUGUGAUUUUUUCUCACUUCAGAAUCCUUCACUAUGUUUCUGUGGUUAC